AUGGAAGAUGAGAAUGUGAAUCAAGGAGCUCUUCCUCAAGCUAAUCAACCUCUGGUUGAUCCUGUGGUUGAGAAUGUGACCCAUGCAGAGUUUAGGUAUAGUAUCCAAAUGUUGUCUCAAGUAGUGACGGCUCAUGCCAAUAGAGAAGAUGUAGCUCCGGUGAAUCCUAAUGUGAAUUCGACUGCUUCUAGGGUUAGGGAUUUUACUCGAAUGAACCCUCCCAAAUUUUAUGGCUCCAAAGUGGAAGAGGAUCCCCAAAGGUCAAAUGGACAAGGUCGACCAAGGUUUAGACAAUGUUUUUCCAACCAAGGCUCAUAUAGUGCUCCAAGGGUCAACAAGGAUAGGGUUUCCAACCCUAAACUUCAAGAAGGUAAUAGUGGUUGUUCUUAUGUGGCUAGGCCUAAUUGUGCAAAGUGUGGAAGAAAGCAUGAUGGUAAGUGCCUAGUUGGCACUGAUGGGUGUUUUAGUUGUGGGAAGAUUGGCCACAAGAUAAGAGAUUGUCCUAUGCUCAAGGUUAAGGGAAGAGAAGAUAAAAAAGCUCCUCCAAGCGGUUCAAACUCCAACGACCCAAAGAAAAAUCGCUUUUAUGCUCUUCAAUCCUCAGGUGACAAAGAGAGCUCCCCAGAUGUGGUGACCGGUAAAAGCUUUCAUAUUGAUGUGUAUGGCUUUUUAGAUCCCAGUGCUACUUUGUCCUUUGUGACACCUUAUGUGGCCAUGAAGUUUGAUAUACUCCCCGAAGUGUUAUUAUAA